CAUCGAAAAGCAACUCCAAAAAUCAAAACUUUCUUUUCUUCGUUUCAAAACUGUCGAUUCAAUUUUUCACAGUACCUGCCAACUUAACGUUUUAAAACUCAGACACCAGACAAGUUACAGACAAUUGCUCACAAAAAGUUGAGAAAUCUUUCCACAAAAAGCACAACACCCAGACAAAAUUAAUUAACAUUUUCAGAAAUUAAUCGGCUGAAAAUGGACAAAAUUAAUUCCUUAAUACAAAUGCGGAAAUCCCAAUUCAGAGGAUCUAUUCCGAACUUUCCCUUAAAUUACUCGCCUAAUUUUCAUAUUUCCUUGAGCAGCAAUAACUUCAAGCACCCGGUUGGAAGCUUUUUUGACCCAAGAAUGAUUCAUCAGAAUCCUAAUGCGAGCAAACCCGUAACUUUGGACGCAAAAGUCGACAACAAAAACUUACCCAGUGUUUCUCAUUUACUGCCAGCUCAAUUAAGCCCUGGAAACUCCUUAGGGCAGUUUCAAUUUCCAACAUCAGGCAUAGCCUCGACCGAACUUUUUCACUCUCAGCAAUUUUCCAAUUAUAUUUUACUGCGAAAAAUGCUCGGAAACAACAACGAAUUGGGAACAAAUACACCGAACUUUCAAAUUUCUCCCCGAAGUAUGAGCAACCUUCCUCUAGAAAUGAACAAAAUUCCUCAAGCCUUCGGAUCACAAAUAUCCCCUGGUACUUUUAAUCGGGUACAAAAUGCCUACGAUAAACAGCUCCAGCAACAAAUGCUCGAAAACAAGGAGAAAACUUCUAAAAUCGUGAAAACAUUCCAUCAUGCAGUAAAUCCUGCGAGUGAACAAAAAGUGAAAAAACCCAAAUUGAAACUUUCCGAUGAAGUUUUCUCUGACUCGACAUUUAGUAGUCAAGAAACCUCAAUGACUGUCGACAGCAUAGAAACAAUUGAAGAUGAUUUUGAAGAAGGGGAAAAUUUGGAAACCGAAACAAGUCCGAACUCUACUGCAAGUGGGGGAGACGAAAAAGUGUAUAAUUGCAACGAAUGCGGCAAAACUUUCAAUGCCCAUUACAAUUUGACGCGACAUAUGCCAGUUCAUACAGGUGCUCGUCCAUUCGUGUGCAAAGUAUGUGGCAAAGGAUUCAGACAAGCCUCCACCCUUUGUCGACACAAAAUCAUCCACACUAACGAGAAACCACAUCGAUGCACGAUAUGCAGCAAAGCAUUCAACAGAAGCAGUACUCUAAAUACCCACAUGCGCAUACAUAGUGGAUACAAACCGUAUACUUGUGACGUUUGUGGAAAGGGAUUCCAUCAGAAAGGAAACUACAAGAACCACUGCCUCACCCACAGUUCAGUGAAGGCCUACAAGUGUCACAUUUGUGAUAAGGCAUUUCACCAGGUGUACAAUCUCACAUUCCACAUGCACACACACACGGACAGCAAGCCAUACACGUGUCCACACUGCAACAGAGGAUUCUGCAGAAACUUCGACCUCAAGAAGCACAUACGGAAAAUUCACCAAGAACUCAAAGGAUCUUCAGGCGUGAAAUCUCUUUGCAAAAACCCAUCUGGUCCCAAUUUUGACCGGAUGGCCCAUCCGAUCAAUUUUUUCAACAUCGCCAAACUCCCGACGACUUUAAACGUGGAUGUACAACAAGAUAACAGCAGCACCGAAUCAUCGCCUACGAAAAAAUCCCCAUCGGAUAAAUUUAUGAUUUCAAAUCUUCUCAAAUGAAAGUCGUUAACUAAGAAGUCUAUAAACAAGUGGAUCUUGGGAAAAUAAGCAAUCAUAAGAUUGGUAAUUGUCGAGCUAUAACAAAAACUUCUAUUGUAA